AUGACAGAGGAUGAGAUGGUUGGAUGGCAUCACCGACUCAAUGGACAUGAACUUGGGGAAACUCCAAGAAAUGGUGAGGGACAGGGAGGCCUGGCAUGCCGCAGUCCAUGGGGUCACAAGGAGUUGGACAGGACUGAGCGACUGAAAAGGCAAAUAAACAAAAACAAAGAUACCACCACACACCUAUUAGAAUGUCAAAACCCGAAAGCCUGGUUACCCUCGUUGUGGGCGAGAAUAUGGGGCAACUAUAACCCUCAGACCCUGCAGGUAGGGAUGGACAAUGUCUCUGAAGACCACUUUGGCAGUUUCCUCCCAUCCCACUCCUGGGUGUUUAGCCCAGAGAAACGAAGGUGUGCCUCACUAUGGAGACUCAUACAACAGACUCACCGCAGCUUCAUCUGUUACAUCCCCCAGCUGGAAGCAACCCACAUGUCCAUCCACAGGUACGUGGAUUAA